AUGCCUGUAAGGACCAUCCAGAGGAGUUUACAAUCACAAUUCGUAAGCUGGACAGUAACAUAUUCAGAAGACUUUACGAAUGAGACUUACUGCCGUAAGCGUUCCCGUAAGGCUUGCGACUAUCUUCUCCAGCUCUUUUAUGGCCUAUCUCUUACAACCAUCCUUCACCUUGAAUUUUCAUCUGCCAUUCCCAACCUUCACCUUGAAUUUUCCACGUUGGACGUCCAGCUUGACAAAAUGAAGGAGGAAUUCUUGAAAGAGACCGGCAGAACAUGCUCCGACUUUGAUGUUACUGUGGCUGUAUUAUUGCAGUGCAGGACAAGAGCUAUUAAUCCAGACCAUGCAGAAACACUAGAUUUCCAUCUUAUUUGUCCUUCUAAUGCAAGACCAUUACUGCAUGAGCUGAUUCCUGGCUAUGAAGGUUACUAUGGUAACUGCACUUACCGCGCACUAGUUACAGCUCCGGCUUCCAAGAUCAUGCAGGCAUCAGUGACUGACAUUGUUGGGUGGAUUCUUGAUGCUAAGGAGAAGAUUUCUGAAAAAUUUUGGAAAUGGUUAGAUGGAGAACAUUCAGAUAAGAGCAUCAUUGCAAGUGCCUCUAACUAUAAAACCAUUGUGGUAACUGAUAUGGACAAGUUGGGGAGUAAAGAUGUGAACUAUGGAUGGGGUCCACCUGUUCAAAGUGGGAUGCUGAGAUAUAGUGACCACAUGGUUUUCUGUGUGGUUGAUAGUUCGCUUAAGAUUGAGGGUGGUGUUAGAAUUUCUGGAAGACUUGUUAGAGAGGAGCAUUUGCAGGCUUUCCGUGAUGAGAUUAAUAAAGUUUGUAAUUAG